UUCAAGCGGUUCUCCAAUUCGGACAUGCGCUUGAGUAAUACAGGUCAAUCCUUUACCCUGUGGUUCGCCGACUCCCUCCCCGCGUUUUCUCCGGCUCCCGAUAACCUCACAGACCCGGGAUUGUACUAGCAGACACUGUACGGGCGCAUCAUUCAUUUCGUGGCGCACUCAUGCACCGCGCGGGAUCUCUCCAGUGGGACAUGAGUAUACCUCUUGUGCCAGCUUGACUAAAGAUAGUCAGACUUUGCGUGAGUCGUUUAAACUUGAUAUACGACUCCGGCAAAAUGUACCCAGACGGUCAACUCGUUGCGGUGGAGAAUGCGACACCCCUGCCGAGAUCCCGGCCUCGUCGGGCGCGUAUGAUGAAGCGCGUGUCGAGAGCGUGCUUGCAUUGUCGACAGCGAAAAUCCAAAUGUGUUCUAACCGGCGGUGGACGACCAGGCAUGCCUCCAUGCCAACGGUGUAUUCAGGACGGUCACGAAUGCGUUCUGGGCAGUUCGAAUCGGGGAGGUCGCCGUAUCCGCAAGAAUAAGAUGAAAACCCUGACCCCGAGGAGCAAUCCAGCAAUGGAGCAUGACGGAUCGACCGUCGAUGGCGCAAGUCCGUCUCGUCCCGACAAUCCCCAGACGACAUCGAGCUCCUAUCCCGAUCCCGUGGCAUUCGUACCGCAAGAUGGUCCCCCUGCGGCAGUGGACGACGAUGACACGACGUCGAUCGGUUCGGUGCCGCGCAAUCCAUCAGACGCCUGGCAGUGUCUGACGGGCCUCGCGAGACGGGAUACAGACGGGUCCGGUUCUGACUCGGGCCCAGACCCUACCCGUGCAAACCCUCGAGGUGUCCCAGCCUCCAGUGCCCCCCAGGGCGCGGUGGCCGACUUUGACUCCCCCAGCGACAUAAAAAACUAUAGACUGGUUCAAUCACGCGCUUUAGAGCCAGGGACCGUGUGGCAGUUGGUGUCCCGUUACGCCGACCAUUUUCAUCCAUAUCUCCCUUUGGUCCCCAGAAAAUACUUCGAUCGCCGUACCUUGGGCGCCUUUGCCGCGAACGAGAAACACUUGCUGACCGCAGUGCUCACAAUCGCGUCGAAGGAUCUGACCGCGCGACCGGAGAUUCACGAGUACUGUUCUAGAUACAUGCACGAGUUGAUUUCCGGGAUCGCCGCCGGGGCAAACUGCGACGUCGAGGCCGUCGAAGCGCUCUUACUCCUGGCCGAAUGGGAGCCCCAGGGACUCAGACCCGGGGUUGAGCGCGUCGGACGCGGAGAAGAAGACCGCGCUGCGUGGAUGCACGUUGGACUGGCUCUACGGUCUGGGUACUUUCUGGGUUUGGAUCGAACGUCGUUUCGGGGCGACUCGGGCGACACGGAGACGGAGGCCCGUCGACGACUGGCGUGGACAAGCUGCUACGUUUCCGAUCGGUUGAUUUCCGUCCGCAUCGGGCGGGCGUUCUGGUCGCGAGGGCCGGGUCCUAUGACGGGUCUUGUCAGCCAGGACUUUCCCUCCCUGCUGCCCGUCGGUGAUGGCGAUGAGGACUACGCGCGGAUCCUCCAGGCGACGCUCGACCUCACCCAGUUGUACGGUAACGUCCACGACGUGUUGUACUCGGGGAUGCGAACCAGCAACCAGAUGAUGCUCACGGGCGACUAUGUGAAAUAUGUCGACGAUUUCCGGCUGGCCAUACUCCGGUGGAAAUCCCUCUGGGGUUCGUUGCCUUGCUCCGAACCGAUGCAAUUUACACUACAGAUGUCGUACGAAUAUCUGCGACUCUACACAAACGCGUUUGCCUUCCAGGCUGCUAUCUCGCAGGCUCUGGCCUCCAAGACGAACAACGACAGCCAGUCGCAAAAAGAGCACUUGCGCUCGACCUUCAGUAAUGUCGCGUUGUUGCAGGACGCGCGAUUCAUCUACGAGUCUGUCGACGCGGCCAAGGCGUAUCUGGCCAUCGUCGUGGACAAAGUCCAUCCUGAGCGGCAGCUGCAUUUCAUGCCGCUCCGGUUCUACCUAUACGGAAUCUACGCCGCCGUAUUUCUCUACAAGGCUCGCUCGUUCGGGGUUCUCCCACCAGCUGAAGAAAUGGACGUGCGCGAAAUCGUCCACCGAACGACCGAGAUCCUGAAACGCGCGAGCGCAGGACCAGACGACAUCGGGUCACGAUACGCGCGACUCCUGGAACUUCUCUGGCAACCUAACCCGGCCGUGCCAGCGACACUACCGCAGCACCAAAACAGCGAGCUCCCCAUGCCCAACAGCAACAGCACACUUACACAGCCCAUGCCCGACGACAGCUGCGUACAUUUCAGCCCUGCGAACGACUUCUCCUGGCUGAACCUGGAAGCCGUGGGCGACUACGUCUCCGGGGACCUGAUCUCGGGGUCGGGCAUGCUGGCGUUGGACGGCUUUCAGAAUCAGGACCUGUACCCGACGGGACAGGAGCGUUCGCAGACGUGGCAGUCGUCGUGGGUUGACAUGGCGGGUAGUUUGCUGUUUUAACACCGAGGUCCAUCUACCAAGAUAAAGAACAUUCUCUAGCUGGUAUAGAGGGUGGGAUAUGAUCGGAGGACUCGUUGUUUUCUUGCCGAGGGAUUGAUUGCCCAGAUCUACCCCACACUGCGAUGCGGGGUACGAACGUACCCUCGGGGCAAACCCGAUGCUCUCAUAUAUACUUUGACGGAACACUUCCUGUCACCACUUCAAACUCACUGGCAGUACACAAAGAAGGAAGAAGAAUGGCAGACUACAACCAAGUCAGCGGCCGACUUGCCCUCAUCACGGGUGCAUCUGGCGGGAUCGGCUCCGCCUGCGCACACCAACUAGCCACC